ACAAAAACCAAAAACCAAAAGGAGUUUUAUGCUUUAUUGAACCAUGAGGUGGCAUGCAGUGAAGCGUCAUUGAAGAAAUUAUAGCAAUAGGAUGAAGUUUACCAUUCCAACGGUUGAGAAGUGCUGCUGCUGUAGCCUCCGUACAGGGAGCUUUGUUAUAGCAGUGAUGAUGAUGGUGACAGCGUUGUUGAACAUAGAGGCAGUGUUCCUGUUGACCCGUGCAGAGGCUACAGGAGACGACACAUUACCGGUGACGGUGACGGAGAAGGCAGUGGCGCUGGUGCUGGCUAUGUUGUUUGUUCUCAACAGCUGGUUGAUAGUGAUAGCCCUUUUACUGGUAGAUGCAAGCAUCGUCGAGUUCGCGACCAUGUUGACGUUGUUUCUCUGGCUCUUUAACAUCUUGUAUCUGGUGACGCUAUUCAUAGUUCAUGGCAUAUUAGAGCCGAAGGAACCCACGCAGUUAGUUAUACAAUGUGUUAAGUUUAUUUACACCAUGCUUUUUUUGUACUAUGUAGUAAUCUUGCACAGCUACUCUAUCCAACUGGAGGGUAUACAAAGUAAUACGGCGAAUGUGGAAGAAGACGAACGCGCAAAGGAUUAGAAUGGAGUUUAUGAACUAACUGUUUUUAAUUUUGUGUAGAUUUUGAUUGUUCUGAUUAUGAGGAGUCC